AUGACUUUAAACAUUAGAAAGAUAGUUCGCGAUGACGAGCUAUUUCCCGAUCACCUUAAUCUCUGUAUCUACCGAAAGGACAGGCCACACCAACGCGGUGGUGGUGUUCUUAUCGGAGUCAAAAGGCAUAUCGCUUCGUUCUGCAUUCAGUUACAAUGCAGUUUGGAAAUUACUUGUGUCUGUCUUUGUUCGGCUAUAAUUAAAACUGUACUUGUUGUCUGCUACAGACCCCCGAAAAGUGACUCUGCAUUCACAAGUGAAUUGCAUAAAGACCUAUUGGAGAUAACUGAACGUUUUCCAAAAGCGAACCUUCUGUUAUUCGGAGAUUUAAACUUUCCCAACAUAAGCUGGUCAAGUCUAACAGCCGACGCAUCACGUGAUUCUCGCGAGUUUCUGGAACUAUGUUUGCUUUUUAAUCUAACCCAGGUCGUUUUGAGCCCAACCCGUGGGGAUAACAUCCUUGACCUUGUACUCACGUCCUCCCCUGAUCUUGUUCGAUUCGUUACCUACAGCAAUGGAUUCAGUGACCAUAAACUUUUGCACAUCUCGCUGUCCCUUCCCAUUUUGGUGAAGAUGCCUGUCAAAAAGGUGAUACAUGACUACGGUAUAGCAGAUUUCGUGUCAAUGAACAGAAAUUUGACCACUUUCUUGCAGUCGUACCAAAUCCAUUUUAAUCUAAGGAGUGUGAAUGACAACUGGAUUUUAUAUAAAAAUGAAUUG